AUGGCCGACCAGAAGAUGCAAUAUGUCAACUUGGGCAAGUCUGGCCUCAAGGUCUCAAAGGUCAUCCUGGGUGCGAUGAGUUUCGGCUCGACCGAGUGGCAGCCAUGGGUAUUGAACGAAGCUGAGAGCUUACCGCUGCUCGAGCAUGCAUACAAGUCUGGCAUCAACACAUGGGACACCGCCGACAUCUACUCCCACGGCAUCUCCGAGAAGAUCAUCGCGAAAGCACUGAAGCAAUACAACAUCCCACGAAACAAGGUCGUCAUCCUCUCAAAAUGCUACUUCGGCGUCAACGAAGAAGACCCCAGCUUAGGGAUUGCAGCUGUCUCAACCAACGAUGGAGAUAUGGUCAAUCAAGUCGGUCUCAGCCGCAAACACAUCUUCGACGCGGUAGAGAGGAGCGUGGAACGACUAGGCACAUACAUCGAUGUUCUACAGAUCCACCGACUUGACCGUGAUACCCCAAGAGAGGAGAUCAUGAAGGCUCUGAACGAUGUCAUCGAGAGCGGGAAAGUCAGGUACAUUGGUGCCAGCUCCAUGGCCGCUUGGGAGUUCCAAACACUUCAGAACAUUGCCGAGAAGAACGGCUGGCACAAGUUCAUCUCCAUGCAAAACUACUACAACCUGAUCUACCGCGAGGAAGAGCGAGAGAUGAUCCCAUACUGUCAAGAUACUGGCGUCGGCCUCAUCCCUUGGUCACCAAUCGCACGAGGCGCCCUCACAAGACCCUGGGGAGACCGAUCGUCCAAGCGCGCUGAGACUGACAAGUUCCUUGACAUGCUUGUACACCAGCGCGAGGAUGUCAUUGACAAGAAGAUCGUUGAGCGUGUGGAAGAAGUCGCGAAGAAGCAUAAUGUUAGCAUGGCAUGUAUCGCCACUGCUUGGACCAUAAAGAAGGGUGUGUGUCCUAUCAUCGGGUUGAGCAGCAAGGAGAGAAUCGAUGAGACAGUGAAGAACAGCAACUUCAAGCUUAGCGAUGAGGAUGCAAAGUACCUGGAGGAAGUGUACGCACCCAAGUUCAGGCAGGGCUUCUGA